AUGAGAAUUAUUAAUAUUCAUAGAAGCCUGCACUAUUCCCGUGUUUUAAGGAAGUACCGAGAUAUAAAGCUAAUCUUAUUCUCAAAAGAAGAAUGUGGCCUUUGUGAUUCUGCAAAACAGGUCAUGACGCAAGUACUAAAACUCCCCGAAUUCAAAUCCACUCAAUUCGAGAUAACUGAUAUAACUGAUCCAAGAAACACGGAAUGGUGGAACAAGUACUGCUUUGAUGUUCCUGUACUGCACAUUCAAGAUAAGAAUAACCCUGAAAAGUUGGAGAAAAUUUUCCACAGAUUUAACGAAAAACAAGUUGUACAGGUAGUAAAAACUUUCAAAUGA